GGCCGGCGAAGCCAUGGGCGCCGCGACCCCGCCGCCGCCGCCGCCGCCGCCGCCCGGCCCCAGCUAAUCAGAAUACUUUUGUUUAUACUGAACUACACUUGGCAUCUGAUGUUCAUCACCUAAAUGGAUCGCUAUCUUUCGGAAACUCUUCUGCUCCCGUUUUGCAAAUUUGCUCUGGGCGUAUAUUUGGAGAUACUCGUCAAGAGUCUACAUUGAGGCCCUUCAUGAAUGGGAAGCCCAGGGAGAAGUUAAACUUCUAGAGAAACCUAAUGGACGAUCUCCACAACAGAUGAUAACAAAAAGUAAUCCAGAUGGGGUGCAGGUGCUGUAAAAUGCUACAAAGCUAUCUCUUGGAUCCAGUUCAAGUGCCCUCCCCUGGUUAUGUCAACGAAGUAAACAGCUGCAAGUUAGAUGAAGACGAUGCCGUUAAGUUGAAAGGCAAACAGAGCCGCGAAGUGCUGGUACACAAGGAUGACCCUCCGAGCGAGAGCUCCAAGAGGACCACGAGCAGGUACCAAACGGCUGCUCUGCAGGAGCCCUGCGGGCCGCCCCAAGGACCGCUUCUCCCAGGGGACACGGCCGGGGGACCCUGCGCUGAGAAGACUGGCGGGGCCGUCAAUGGCCUCGGCCCCGCUGCUGCCCUGCAGCUCGCUGGCGAUCCCGGGUGCCCCCAGGGGGACAGGGGCUCCUGGGCCAGUGCCACAAACAAGGGUCACACGACUCGGCCCUUCCUUGGAGGAGGAAGUGCCAGGCAACCGGACUGCGUGCUGCUGGCUUCAGGAGAGACCCGUGUCAUCGGAAACGGCGACUCCAGCGCGUCUUGCGCGGCAGGGCAUCCCGCCUGGGAAAUCCCAGACCACGUCCUCCAGAUACCCGCCCCCGAUUACCCUCCGCUGUGGGGCUCAGCCGACGACGACGCAGAUCACGUUGACCGCGAAGAAAAGGACUGCCUUUUCAAGAGCCACACAGAGGAGGAGCCCGGGCAGGGCGCUCCCUCCGGGGCCGGGGAGCGUGGUUUGAAUAUGCCCUUCUCGGUGAAGAGAAGCUGGGAUUCGUUAAACGAGGCCGUGGCAACUGAAGUUCUAAGUGUAUACUUUAAAGAAGAGGAUCCUGCACAGGACGUACCUGUGGUCGAUUCGAGAAACGGGUGGGAGGAGACCCAGGGCUCCCUUGGAGAUGCGAGUGGGGAGACGGCAGAUGAGGACGCAGAGGUGGCCGAAGCCCUGGCCGCUUUAGAGGCAGCUACUGCGGGAGAAGAUGUGGACGAGGCAGAGUAGGGGAGCGGCUUUGCGCCGGCAAGGAAGCCAGCGUUGCGCUGGGCGUAUGGGGCUGGGUUUGCUCCUUAGACACAGAGCUGAUGACCGCAGCGCAGAUGGGUGGCAGCCUUACCGGUGGUUGACACCCAGCAGCUGUUCUGAUGGCUGUGAGCGCCUGGGCCACACCGCUUGUUAAACAUGGAGAGUACCACCGUCUAGAUGGGCUAAAACUCGAGACACGAGAAUAAAAGUCAGAGUGGGCCACAGUGCUCGUGUCCACAGCGCAUGCAGACAUUAAACAGCCUGCUCGGCACCCCGCACGACUCCCCCAGAACAUCUGGUGCAGAUGUCCCUGAGGAUGCGCUGACGUCCCAGCGCUUAAUCCCAAGGGCUUAAGGUUCACAGAACAUUCUGUUUGACUCUAAAUUCUCUAUCUUGCUUUUGAGAGCCAAACGUUAUACCCAACCCGAGAAAGGUAACUACCCCCACUUAAAGUGCCUAAUGUAUGGUUUACCUUCAGGGACAAUCACCCAGGGAACUAAUAACUAACCACUUGUUGGACCGGGGGUGAAGCUCAGCAGCUUCCAGGGUGGAGCACGAGCCGCCCGUAAACACAUGGUUAGUCAUUAGCUGUGAUAUCAGGACACCUUGACCUUAAUUUUUUUACAUUAUUACUUUUUAAUCUCCUGUGGGAUUGGGGAGUCUGGUCCAAAUAAUUAUUUAAACUGCUUGUGUCAAAUUCAGGUUUUCAUGAGAUUUGGAACAGCAAAGAGAUAGAUGGAGUGUUUUGUGCCAUGUUAAUGUCUGAUUGUGAUUAAAAUAUAGCAACAUA